AUGGGUUCUCUCAAGUCAGUCUACCAGAGCUUCUUGGCAAGCCCCAAUGCGUCUGCAUUGAACAACGAUGCCUCUCUCAACUACAUUACGACUCUUACCACCAUCAACACUGCCGCUGCCAUAAUCAAACAUCAUGCAGCACAUCAAAAGGUUCUCACAAAGAAAGAAGAGAAGGUUCUGAGCUGCAUUGAGGGCCGCGAUGCUUUGUGCCUGGAUGUCGAGACCACUUUGGAAUUCAUUACAGGUGGAGGGGCUUAUUUGCCCGGCUUGGAUGACAACUUCCUGGCGGACCGCGUCGUUACAUUCCCAAUGGUGCACAUCGUCCAUUUCGAUUCGACCCAGAAGAUUCAACAGGUCCGCCUAUACUGGGAUCAAGGAUCUCUACUCAAGCUCGUAGAUGUUAUUGGAUCUCGAGCAAGGAACUGGCCUAUCCGUGAUGGCAAAGAUCAGGCACGUCUGAUCGCUUCGAGUGCUGCGGUUAUUACUCAAAGCAAUGGCCCCACGCGUCCAGCCACGGAGAACGGUUCCUGCGACGCAGACCAUGCGGCUGUCACAACCAAGCCUAGAUCACAGAGCAAGAAUGUCACCAGAGACCCACAUGCCAGCUUAGCCCUCUUCGCGCCUCGUGAAGAAGAAGAGGACUCCUCGGCACCCGCCGCUGUCGCUCCUCGUGCCUCGGCCAAACCACCGCCCCGGGACUACCAUGACCUCUUCGUCGGUAACGAGUCCGACGCCUCGCCAAUCUCCAAGGAAAAGAUUAUAUCGCCCCAAAAGGAGAACAUGACCCUUGGCCCUAUCGCUCCCAAAGGUGGUGUUGGCAAAAAUUAUCAACCCUCUCGCUUGUUCGAGACCGACAACCCGCAGCCAGGAACUCCCGGCACGCCCAUCGAAUCUUCAGCGAAAUUCAUCAAACCCGAUCCCAAUAAAUACAACCAUUUCGAAUUCGGCGAUGGAAACGAGAAACAAAUGCCAAUGGCAGCUCGGCCCAAAUCUAAGCACCAAAACAACUGGGACUUCGCAGAUGUCAUGACCCCUGACAAGGUUCCCAUCAAAGUCCGAGGCCAAGACGUCCGUCACUUCGGCUGGAGUGACGAUGAACCUGUGAUGGAUAGCCCAGUCAAGCAUCCUGCUGUAGCCAAAGCGCGUCCUGAUGCCAAUACAAACUUCGAAUUCCAAGAUGAUGAUACUCCCGGAGGUGAGCGGGGUCCAGAUCAUCAUCGCGGUCAGGCUAACGCGAAGGGCUUUGGAAUGUAUCAGAACAAUGUUUUCGACGAAAGUGAUUUGCCACACAGCCCAGAGAAGAAGGGCCAUCCAUUGGCCAACCUAGAGGAUAGACGCAAGAACUUCGAUCCCCAUUUCAGCAUGACAGAUGAUGCUCCCUCUCAUUCAGCGAAUGUUGACAAGCAGCCGAUCCCGGAGGCCAGAGCGAAGGUGAUUCAACAAAUGGGUGCGCAGUGGGAAGCUAGCGGCCAAUCGCCAGUAAGUCGCCACCCGACAAGCAAAAUCGAAGAUGUAAUCAACCCAACCUCUGGAGACAAGGAAAACUUUCUGAAUGGAGGCGGCAACAAGCAUGUUGGUAUCAAGAGCGGCGGCGACGGCAUGGGAGGGAAAAAGGGAGCCGGACGCUCGUGGGGCUUUGGAGACGAUUCUCCUGGCCCUCAACCCGCUAGUAAGAACGAGAAUCGAAUCAACCCGGUUUCUGGGGACAAAGAGAACAUCUCGAACGGAGGUGGCAAGAAGCAUGUGGGCAUCAAGAACGGUGGAGAUGGCAUGGGCGGGAAGAAGGGGGCUGGACGUGCCUGGGGCUUUGGGGAUGAUAGUGAUGAGGACGGCGUUGGAGGCAGGAAUGGUGGCAAGUUCCAGGCUUCGAAGAUCCAACAGGCCCCGAAGGAUAGUGGGUUUUGGGAUUUUUGA